AUGCAAGAAAUAAAAGAAAAUCAAGAAAGACUUAUUCCAAUCAUAGAAAGUAUAAUAUUUUUGGGAAGACAAAACAUCCCCUUUCGAGGGCAUAGAGAUGAUGGCCAACUAGAUUUACCGUCUACCAUUGAAGAUGGAGGAAGUUCAAUAAACGAAGGUAAUUUUAGAGAGCUUUUAAAAUUUCGAGUCAAAGCCGGAGAUUCUACGCUUGAAAAUCAUCUGAAAAAUUCAUCUUCGAAGGCAACAUACAUUAGUAAAACAAUACAGAACGAACGUUAA